AUGACAAGAAACAUGCUUAAAAGCAGCUCAAAAGAAAACGGACGGUAUAGAGACCGAUUGCGUCCAGAGGUGAAGCAGCGGUACUUGAAAAAAAUAGAGUGCAUCGCAGAUGUGGACCCAUAUGGAAUACAGCAGUGGAGAAAAGACCCAGGCGACUUACCACCACUGUCCUUACCCGAUAUCUUCACGCAUCUUGUUAACCCUAACUCUAACCCUCACGUUCGGAUUUCAGAGUGCCCCAUGUGUAACACAGAUGAUUCCUCUUCUCUUGCAGGUGCACCAUUUGACCCCACAUUCUUAUUGAGCUGUACUGUGUCUAACGUGAUCUGCUGCCUGGUUUUUGGUCAACGGUUCAGCUAUGAAGACAAGCAGUUCUUACGCCUUCUUAACAUAUUUUUUCAAAUAGAAAAGGCUAACAGCAGCUCUGUGGGUCAGAUGUACAACCUCUUUCCGAAACUCAUGGACCAUCUUCCUGGCCCCCAUCAAAAAGUUUUUGCAGAGUAUGAAGAGGUGAGAAAGUUUAUCAAGAUGAAGAUCCAAGAACACAAAGACACAUUGGACCCCAGCUCCCCACGAGACUACAUAGACUCCUUCCUUAUUCGAAUCAACCAGGUUGGAAAACUUAAGCAUAAUUUAUCAAAGAAAGCUCAAAACUACAAAUACUCAUUCAUGCCAUUCUCUGCAGGGAAGCGAAACUGUGUUGGCGAGUCUCUGGCCCGUAUGGAGCUUUUUAUCUUUAUAGUAUCAUUGCUGCAGGAUUUCACUUUUUCCUGUGCUGGAGGCCCUGACAGUAUAAACCUCAUUCCUGAAAAAAGCAGUUUUGUUAAUGUGCCUUGCAGAUACCAUAUUAUGGCCACACCUCGUUAAAAGAGAUGAUUUGUUUAGACAGAGUUAUAGUCUGGUUGAAGGACUUGAACAAGGAUGUCUUCAUCAGCUUCUUGUGAAACAGUGAUUUUACAGUUAGUUUGCUAG